UCUUAUUAUGUUAUUGCUGCAUGAAUAAAAACAAGCAAUAUCCCAAUGUUCCACAAUAAUUAAAAUAUAUUUGUAAUUUUGUUCUCAAAUAUAGAAGAAGACUCUGUCUCUGUCUCUGUAUCUGUCUUUGUCUCUGUUCGUCUCUCUGAAGGAAUCGCUAAGGAUCACAUUCUUUUCAAGUUUAAUUUCUGCUUCUGGGCACCUCUAAAAGUUCUCUGCUUUUUUAGGGUUCCUUUGAUUCUUAAUUGGAUUGCAAUUGGGUGUCUCACUCUGCUUUGCCCAAUUGAUGCCACUGUAGUUGUUCAUGAGAAUAGCAGAACUUUUUACCUGACCAGUGAAGAGUGAACUGCCAGGGCAAACGACAAGCUGGUAUAGUACUCAGGAUAUGGGCUGCUUCGUCUCCACUCCAAAGGAUUCUAGUGGGAAUAGAAGAAGACCAGGGAGUAUUGGGGAGGUUUCUGUGUAUGUUCCCGGUCUAAGAAUUCCUAAACCUGUUGAUUUUUCCCUGUCACUUGGUGAUUACUUGUCCAAGAAUAUAGUGGAACGCCUGUCUGCGCUUAGAACUCGUAUAGUUGUAAUGGCUGGUCAAGAAGGGCCCACAAUUACAAGAACAAAAAGGAAAAGUGCCACCCAACAUGGAGGUUCAACAUUGGCUGAUCUUCAGCAGGCUCUUGAAGACUACUUGCCAGUACUUUUGGGAUUAGUUGAAAAUGGAAGCCAUUUACAAUACAAAAUACAAUUUGGUUGGGUGAAUCAAGAGGAUGAUGCAGAGGAAACAGCCAUGUCAAAUGCCUGGUAUGAGGUGUUGUCAGUUUUGCACUUGAUGGCUAUGCUAUCAUUAUCACAAGCCAAUUUAUUACUUCUUCCCAGAGCGUCCACUGAUGGUCAUCAGCCAAAAGUAUCAGAAGAAAGCAGACGAGCUUCUGUUGAUAUCUUCCUAAAGGCAGCUGGGUAUCUUGAUUGUGCUGUAAGGCAUGUUCUUCCACAGUUGCCUGCCGAACUCAGGAGAAAUUUACCAGUAGACCUUGCAGAAGGAGUUCUCCGAGCACUUUGUUUGCAAGCAUUGGGGCAGGGUGUAGAUAUCCAACUUGGAAUGGCAAUUGAUAGUACCAAAGCCACUCUCGCAGUGAAGCGUAGACUUGCAUGUGAGAUGGUGAAAUAUUGGCAGCAGGCUCAAGAUAAUAUUAUGAACCUUCCAUUAGCAAAUGGUUGGGGUGAAAAUCAUCGUCUCUUUGUGAAAUGGAAGUAUGUUGAGGCAAAGGCUGCAGCAUAUUAUUAUCAUGGAUUGAUUCUUGAUGAGGGAAACACGGAGAAAUCUCAUGGAAUGGCCGUAGCUGCUUUACAAGCUGCUGAUGAGUAUUUCAAAGAAAGUAAGAAGCUGUGUGAAGCAUUUCAUGCAGCACCCCCAUUGUCAAGAAAUCCACCUCUUUGGGGGACAAUGAAAUAUCUUUUUGAGAAAAUUCCAAAGGAUACUUCAAGCAAGGUGCGAGUAAACCGUGAUCUGUAUACCUAUGAGAGAAUCAUGGAAACAGCACCAACAUUGCCUGAUUUUGCCUUGGCUUUAAAACCAGAUGAAUAUCAACUUCCUCAGGUUGAUUCCUCUUGGAAAACAGAAAAUGUGAAAGGGGGACAAAGUGGUGCCACAAAUAAUCUCAAUGGAUGAUGACAAAUGAAAAUUGAUUAAACCAUAUAAAUUUGCAGAUCUCAGAUGUCAGCUUAUCAGAAAAAAGGAUGCCAAUCAACUUGAAGCUCAAAAGGGUGAUUGUCCAAUGCUUUGUCAAUAGUUGAAAAUUAACUAUUUACCUUUUCCCUCGUUUUUUCUCCAUAAAUUGAUUCCCUCCUCCACAAUAUUUGAAAAAAGAAGGCCUGCAAGUGGAAACAGAGCUUCAAGUUGGGUUAAUGUAAAUUGUUCACUUUAGGAAAAAAAAAAAGGGUUUCCUUGCCAAUACCCCAAAUAAUAUGAUCAUUACUGUUUUGGUUAUGCGUCAAAUCAGUCAAAUCCUCCAUUUGUCAAACAAAGUUGUACAAGUGAUUGUGUGUAUAGACUUGUGCAUUGCAGAGAAAAUAUGGUUGCCUUAA